AUGGAUCUCGGCUAUCGAAAUCGCAACCACCCAGCUCAUCAAUACCAGCAAGAGAUUGUGAAAACAGAUCUUGUACACCAAACUAUCCAAGCCAUUCACCAGUUAUUACGACACUAUCCACACGCAUUCGACCUCCAUUUCCUCACGCCUAUUGAUCCAGCAUGUGCUAUACCAGUUGAGGAUGCCAUUCGACAACUGCACAAGGAUACGAUUGCUCUAUAUCGCUCACGAAACGUUGCCUUUGAUAGCCACUGGCACUGGAAUAUUGCCUGGAGACAAGCAUUGUCUUACGAAAGCAUUGCCGAGCUUGCUGAUGGUGAUACAACAAGGAUCAUCCAAUCUUGCCAUCCAAAGUGUCAAAAGUCUGUUGAGGCCAUUUACAAGUACGACUUGGCUCCUUACAUGCGGUGGUAUCCAUGGCGUUGGUUCUCUGAUUUGGUCUUGAUUGGCUCUGGAGGAUUCUCGGCUGUUUAUGCAGCCCACGUUGCCUUGUUGUACGAUGCAUCUCAAGAUGGACAAGCGAUUGGCCAACACAAGCGCCCUGUUGCUAUCAAGGUGGUGGAUGAAAAGAUCUUGAACGAGAUCAUUGUACAAUCAAGAGCCUUCCUUGCUUUAUUAUUCCAUGGCAUCACUGUAUGUGAGAGCACGGGCGACAUUUUGAUGAUUACAACAUUGGCGGAAGAAGGCAACCUUGAACAUCGUAUUGGCAAACCAGUGGAAUAUGGCUUGGAUAUGAUGAACGUCACCGACAUUGUGACACGAUUAGCGUUUAACCUUGCCAGCUUGCAUGACGAAAUUGGGAUGUGCCAUCGCAACAUUCAUCCAGCGAACGUGCUUUGUUCAGAUGACGAUUAUUUCCUUAUUGAUUUUCGAUUCUCGACUGCAUCGAACGAAGCGAGUGAUGUGAUCAAGUCAUUUAUGGGGCAUUAUGGACGAGCACCCUAUAUUGCUCCAGAAGUGCGAUCAGCCAUUUACACUGAAAAAUCAGACAUCUACUCGUUAGGCGUGAUUAUGUGGCAGUUGAUAUCGGGUGUCGUGUUUCCAUCACCUGAAGUGUUCUUGGACGCUGAGGAUGUGUAUCGGAUUGAAUGGAUUCCUGGUGUCCCACGGUGGUAUCAAGAGUUGACAAUGGCGUGUCUUGAGCCAUGCCCUGAACAUCGACCUUUGGCUGAAGAAGUAGGCUUGAUUGCACGUAAAUUUGCUGUAUCACCACAAUCAGAGCAAAUGCGUGUGCAUCAAAAGGAUUGGAUUGCGUAUGCGACUAGGCGGAGAGAAGCUUGUCAAGCACAUCAACAACGUUGGUCAACCAAGGGAAGAACAACUACCACAACAACUACUCCAUCAUCAACCACACCAACAACAGCAAAUGGUCAUGGCGGAGGUGGUGGUGGUGGUGAUUUGAUACCGACACGCAACAAGGAGGAGGAUGAUAUGAUGAUGAUGACAGCAUCUCGCGUGUACGAAUUUAGGAAUCUACCUUCUUUGGAUGAGCUCGUCAACCUUCCAUUUCAUCAUAGGCCAUUCGAUGCUGCUGAUUUGUCUGGAGAAUAUUAA